AUGGCUUUACGUACGUACGGUGACAAACCAAUAAGUUUUCAAGUUGAAGAAAAUGGAGAGUAUUAUUGUAUUGGGUCGGAAGUCGGUAAUUACUUGCGACUUUUUCGCGGGUCAUUAUAUAAACGUUACCCUGGAAUGUACCGGAGAUCUAUAACUAAUGAGGAGCGAAAAAAAUUAGUUGAAUUGGGAUUGAGUCAGCAUGUACUGGCAUCAAGUGUUUCUUUGUUGAGAGCGAGUGAAGUUGAAGACAUUAUUGAGGGUAACGAUGAGAAAUAUAAAGCUGUUUCGGUUCACUCCACUGAACUUCCAGCACCACGAGAAGGAAAAACUAAAAAAUCAAUGGCUUGGGUACCUAGUUUGCCAAAUAGUUCUCACUUGGACGCAGUACCUCAAGCAACUCCGAUCAAUCGCAAUAGAGUUCACAAUAAAAAAGUUAGAACUUUUCCACUGUGCUUUGAUGAUACCGACCCAUCAGUUAAUCUUGAGAAUGCUCUCCAGCAAGAAAUGCUUGUUCCUAUUCGUUUAGAUAUGGAAAUUGAAGGACAAAAACUUCGUGAUACAUUCACGUGGAAUAAAAAUGAAAGCUUAAUAACUCCAGAGCAAUUUGCAGAAGUUUUAUGCGAUGAUUUAGACUUAAACCCUUUGACAUUUGUACCAGCAAUAGCACAAGCAAUUAGACAACAGAUUGAUGCAUUCCCUCAGGAAACUAUUUUAGAUGACCAGUGCGAUCAACGUGUAAUCAUUAAAUUAAACAUUCAUGUGGGUAAUACAUCGCUAGUUGAUCAAGUUGAGUGGGACAUGUCGGAAAAGGAAAAUAAUCCUGAAAAAUUUGCUAUGAAACUUUGCGCUGAGGGACAAUUAUCUUGGCAUCAAAGAACUUAUGCUUUCUCUGAAGCUCCAUUACCCACAGUUGAAGUUCCGUUUAGACCACCUUCUGAAGCGGAUCAAUGGGCACCAUUCUUAGAAACACUUACCGAUGCUGAAAUGGAAAAGAAAAUACGUGAUCAGGACAGAAAUACUCGGCGUAUGCGACGACUGGCCAAUACUACACCAGGAUGGUAA